AUGUAUGUGGGCAGCACCCUCUUCUGCGGCAUCAAAAUCGACGAUGAAGUGGCCCGCCGCAUUUCCAAAGUAGUUCUCAAAAUGCAGCUUGGAAUCCUUACGGGCUUCACAUCAGCCCCGAACCUAGAGAUAAACAAGGCAGUCAUCCUGUCGACGUUGAUACAUGGACCGGGGACCCGGACUGUGUACAUGAAGCAGGUACGUAUACUCAAUCAUCUCCAUCUUAGCCGACUUCGACAAGUACUGAAUCUGAGGUGGCAGGACGGGAUCCCAGACACGGACGUACCGGACCGGAUGGGGAUCCUCAGCAUACCUGCAAUGCGGCCAGCUAUUACGGAUGGAAAACGACAGGUAACUUUAAAGAGUCUUCUUUGGCACUAAGAGCAUACAAUGAAAAUACCUCUGAAGCGCCUGUAGAUAAACCUGGCAAACUGGGAAUACCCCGACCGGGACAGACCAACGUGGAUGAGAGCAGUGAAGACAGGCUCAACAAUCCUCGGACCCAAUCACAUCACCGCAGCCGCCAUGUCCAAAAGCGGGACACUCUAAAAUCGACUGUCGCCCUCGUCGCUGCCACCGCCGGCUCCUCACAACGCCAUCGCCCAAUCAGCUCCAACAUGUCCACAAUGUGUCAACGGGCAUUCUGGACGCCAAUUGGACAUUUUGGACACCUCCGGUCCGACUGCGGCACACGGACAGCACCAACCCUCGUCUUUCCUUCCAUCUCUCGCGCACCUCCCACAACGUCAACUAACCUGGAUUGCCCCCCCGUGCCAUCACUACCAUCUUCUUCUUCUUCUUCUUCUUCUUCUUCUUCUUCUCCUUCCUGCUCCUCCACAACAUCUGCUGAUGUGGCUUCUGACAUGCCCAUUAACACAACAAAUAAUCGUGACACACUAACAAACACCAUCACCACCUCCACCGCCAACACCGAUUAUAAGGACCCGGUCUAUACACCGCCUACUUGCGAUCCACCCUGCGCCUCACAUUUCGGUCAGGUUGGUCAUUUGCGAAUCCAUCGCACAGAGGCUGGCGAAACAGUGCCUGGAGCACUGACCUACACCCGUCGUACCUGCCAACACUGCCCACAUUCCACUCACACAUUUAUUCACCGCAUGUGUCUAUUCGGCCACACUCGCGUUCACGAAAGGCCGCGGCAGACAACUGCCAGCUGCACGACUCCAUCUCAUCCUCAAUCAUCAGCAUCAGCAGUCUGUCCAAUCAACGCAAUUUCCCCUCGUUAAUUGGGUAAGACGGGCAGGAACAGGCCAGAACACUAGAGUAAACAAUCUGCAACUACACUUUUGCAGCGGCGACCUUCGGCGACACACGGCUUGUCCACACAGUCUGCCCAAUUGUGUGUGUUUUUCGGUGUGGCUGACCGAUGGACUGACAGUCAGGCUGUCACGGCGUCUUCUCGAGUGUGUGGAGUGGCGGACAAAUGUGCUGUGAGCCAGGCUGAAAUAGCUCCUUCUCAAGCGUUCUGUGACACUCUGAAGCAUGUGAGGAGAUAGUGUGCGCUUCAUUGGUGAUGGCUGCCAGUCGACGUCUCCUUGGUUACUCAACAUUUAGGAGUGACCGCCCAGGCCAACUGAAGGGACAAGUGUCGCCCUUCUAUGUCGACAGAUCUAUGGCAGCAUCAACAAACUAUGGCCCUCGCAGCCUGGUACACGCUGACACCUGGUUCACUGCCAGUAGAUGCGCUUGCAUUGCCUGUGAAUUUAAGGUGUCGGGCAUGACUGAUCAGUCACCCUCGUACGUCCGACUCCUGUUGGGCUCCUGUUGUUUUUGUGGGUGAAGUUUAUAUUAACGACCAGAGGGUGUUGUGACACGCCUAUUUGUGGGUCCGGCCUCCCGUCUUCCUGGCACUGUCUUGACAGCGGGUGCAGGUGGGGGGAGUAGGAGAGAAUGCGGUAGAUACUGCGGAUAGUCUACAAUCACCAUAAACGAAUUCACGCGCAAGUUACCGUGACUGCUGCAUCUCGCUGUGUAGCACACGGUGGACAUCGGCGGCUGCGAUGGUUGAACCACAUAUAUUCCUACGGCAGAUCCAUUUGUCAUUCUUGUAAAUAUAUCUUAGGAUUUGUGCUCAGAAAAGACUGGAGGGGAGUGCUGGGUCCUCACGGUCUCCGCGGCUCCUACGACAACGGCCUGCUGCUUCUCCGCACCUGCGCAGAACACCGCCUCAUCCUGACGAACACGUUCUUCUGUCUGCCGGAGCGAGAGAAGGCCACCUGGAGGCAUCCUCGGUCGCGUCAGUGGCACCUGCUGGACUAUGUCCUCGUCCGGAGGCGAGAUCAGCGGGACGUGAUGGUGACGAAGGCGAUCGCGGGUGCUGACGGGUGGACCGAAUAUCGCCUCGUCAUCUCGAAGAUGCGUGUUCGCCUACAGCCUCGCAGGAGACCACAAGGUAAGCGACCCCCAGGUAAGCUGAAUGUUGCUUUGUUGUCUUUGCCUGCUCACCGUCUCCGUUUCAGCAAUGAGCUAUCUCAACGGCUAGACAACCUUCCUAUCGCUGCCGCCGACAACGCCGCCGCCGCUGCCGAGAACACCUCCGUGGAGAACCGAUGGUGUCAACUGCGAGACACGGUCCAGUCGACGGCGCUCGCCGUCCUCGGUCGCGCUCCCCGCCAACACCAGGACUGGUUCGACGACAACGACGCCGCCAUCAGAAAUCUGCUUGCUGAGAAGAACCGCCUCCACAAAGCCUACGUAGAUCACCCCACUGAGGACAACAAAGCUGCCUUCUACCGCAGUCGCCGACAGCUUCAGCAACGACUGCGCGCGAUGCAGGACGCCUGGACUGCUCGCAAAGCUGAGGAGAUCCAAGGCUACGCGGACCGCAACGAAUGGAAGAACUUCUUCUCCGCGAUCAAGGCUGUCUACGGUCCGCCGACGAAGGGCACUGCUCCUCUCCUCAGCGCCGACGGCAGCACUCUCCUGACUGAGAAGACGCAAAUCCUGCAGCGAUGGGCCGAGCACUUCCGAGGCGUCCUCAACCGCCCUUCCGUCAUCUCCGACGCCGCCAUCGCCCGCUUGCCGCAAGUGGAGACCAACGUGGACCUCGACCUCCCGCCAUCUCUCCAGGAGACCAUCAGGGCCGUGCAGCAGCCCUCCAGCGGGAAGGCACCCGGAUCGGACGCAAUCCCUGCUGAGGUCUACAAGCACGGAUGUCCACUACUGAUGGAUCACCUGACUGCGCUCUUUCAGGAGAUGUGGCGUCAAGGUGAAGUCCCGCAAGAUUUCAAGGACGCCACCAUCGUGCACCUAUACAAGCGAAAAGGGAAUCGCCAAGUCUGCGACAACCACCGCGGCAUCUCCCUACUGAACAUCGCCGGGAAGAUCUUCGCUCGCAUCCUGCUCAACCGCCUCAACAACCAUCUGGAACAGGGCCUUCUGCCGGAAAGCCAAUGCGGCUUCCGUCGUCAUCGUGGGACCACGGACAUGAUCUUCGCCGCCCGCCAACUUCAGGAGAAGUGCCAGGAGAUGCGGAUCCACCUGUACUCUACCUUCGUGGACCUGACGAAAGCCUUCGACACAGUGAAUCGUGAAGGACUGUGGAAGAUCAUGCUGAAAUUCGGCUGUCCGGAGCGAUUCACUCAGAUGGUGCGUCAGCUGCACGACGGUAUGAUGGCGCGAGUCACGGACAACGGAGCUGUCUCAGAGGCAUUCGCAGUGACCAACGGAGUGAAGCAGGGCUGUGGGUUGGCGCCUACUCUCUUCAGUCUCAUGUUCUCUGCCAUGCUGAUGGACGCCUACCGCGACGAACGCCCCGGGAUCCGCAUCGCCAACAGGACGGACGGUCAUCUCCUGAAUCAACGGCGUAUGAACUUCCAAUCACGCGUAUCCACAACUACCGUGCACGAACUCCUCUUCGCCGACGACUGCGCCCUGAACACCACCUCGGAAGCGGAGAUGCAACGCAGCAUGGACCUGUUCACCGCCGCCUGCGAGAUCUUUGGGCUGGUUAUCAACACGCAGAUGACGGUGGUGAUGCUCCAACCGCCUCCCAACUCAGCCACAGUCCCCAACGCGCCGCCGCAAAUCAGCGUGAACGGAAAUCAACUGCAAGUGGUGGAGAACUUCCCGUAUUUGGACAGUACCCUCUCCCGCAACACCAAGAUUGAUGACGAAGUCGCCAACAGGAUCUCGAAAGCCAGUCAAGCCUUCGGUCGUCUCCGAAACACAGUUUGGAACCGCCAUGGUCUCCAACUGAGCACGAAGCUGAAGAUGUACAAGGCCGUCAUCCUGCCGACGUUGCUGUACGGAGCAGAGACAUGGACGGUGUACACGAGACAGGCACGUCGACUGAACCACUUCCACCUCAGUUGUCUCCGUCGCAUCCUGAGUCUGAACUGGCAGGAUCGAAUCCCCGACACGGAAGUACUGGAACGAACGGGAAUCCUCAGCAUCUACGCCAUACUGAGACAAAUGCAGCUGCGCUGGAGCGGCCACCUGGUGCGCAUGGACGACGAGCGACUACCCAAACGACUCUUCUACGGAGACGUCGCGACGGGUUCUCGUCGUCAAGGAGGCCAAAUUCGCCGUUACAAGGAUACUCUGAAGUCCUCCCUGAAGCGCCUGCAAAUCAACCCGACCAACUGGGAAGAGCUCGCUCGCGAUCGUCCGACAUGGAGGAGAACAGUGAAGACGGGCGCUGCUAUGUAUGAAGCCAACCGAAUCGCUGCCGCCAAAGCGAAACGCGAAGUCCGCAAAUCACAACUUCGUCCAGUCCGCAACGCCGCCGCACAACCGCUCCCAACGUGUCCUCGAUGUCAACGGACAUUCCGGGCACGAAUCGGACUUGUUGGACAUCUCCGAACCAACUGCACCUCUCGAACUGCUCCAGCCAUCGUCCCCCCGCCCGCCUCUUCCUCCUCCCUUCCGCCAACUAACUCUGACGCUCCUUCUGCACCACCAAUUCCAUCCUCCUCGUCCUCGUCGUCCUCCUCCCUCUCCACUGCCCCAGCGGCGGCCGUUCAGACUGCUGUCUCACACAUCACCAACACCAACACACCAACCAACAUCACCUCUCCCACCUCUCCCGAUACCACUGAUGAGGAUCAGGACUACACCUGCCCUCACUGCGACCGCACCUUCACCUCACACAACGGCCUGGUCGGUCACUUGCGAAUCCAUCGCCAGUGCCUGGAGCACCCACCUACACCCACCGCACUCGCCUCCACUGUCCACAAUGCCCUCGCACCUUCACUCAUCGCAUGGAUCUAUUCGGCCACAUGCGCAUCCACGAAAGCGGAAUUGACCGCAGCCUUGACACACCCACCCCGCCGAGCCCCACUCCCAAUCCACCAUCUUGUGCACCCACUAACCACUCCACAGCCGACAUCGACGCCACCGACCUUACCACCCCUCACUCCUCCCCUUUCUCCUCCUCUUCCUCCUUCACUGCCACAACGACGGCCGCUUCGGCGUCUGUCGCCCACGACUUCACCACUGCCGAACCUGGUACAACAACCGGCACAACCCCUGCAACCUCCAUCAUCAGACGUGAGGGCCAGGACUACAUCUGCCCUCACUGCGAUCGCACCUUCACUUCACGCAUCGGCCUGGUCGGUCACUUGCGAUUCCAUCGCACAGAGACUGGCGAACCAGUGCCUGGAGCACCAACCUACACUCACCGCACUCGCCUUCACUGCCCACACUGCCCUCGCACCUUCAGGCAUCGCAUGGGUCUAUUCGGCCACAUGCGCAUCCACGAGAGCGGAAUUGACCACAAUUCCGAUACAGCCACGACAUCCACCACGCCCAGACCAAUCCUCGCUCCACCGUCACACGCGUUGACCACCACCACCACCAACACCACUGUUUCCUCUGCAGCUGACAGCGACACCGCCAACCUCUCAUGCCCACAUUGUCCACGCACCUUCACCUCACGCAUCGGCCUGGUCGGUCACUUGCGAAUCCAUCGCACAGAGACUGGCGAACCAGUGCCUGGAGCACCAACCUACACUCACCGCACUCGUCUUCACUGCCCACACUGCCCUCUCACCUUCAGGCAUCGCAUGGGCCUAUUCGGCCACAUGCGCAUCCACGAGAGCGGAAUUGACCACAAUUCCGAUACAGCCACGACAUCCAACACAUCUACCAUGCCCAGACCCAACCUCGUUCCACCGUCACACGAGCCGACCACCACCACCACCACCAACACCACUGUUUCCUCUGCAGCUGACAGCGACACCCCCAACCUCUCAUGCCCACAUUGUCCACGCACCUUCACCUCACGCAUCGGCCUGGUCGGUCACUUGCGAAUCCAUCGCACAGAGACUGGCGAACCAGUGCCUGGAGCACCAACCUACACCCACCGCACUCGUCUUCACUGCCCACACUGCCCUCGCACCUUCACGCAUCGCAUGGGUCUAUUCGGCCACAUGCGCAUCCACGACGACCUGCGGUAG